CAACAGCCUCAGGACGCAGGUUAGUUCCGUGACAAUAAUGGUACACAACAGCCUCAGGACGCAGGUUAGUUCCGUGACAAUAAGGGUACACAACAGCCUCAGGACGCAGGUUAGUUCCGUGACAAUAAUGGUACACAACAGCCUCAGGACGCAGGUUAGUUCCGUGACAAUAAUGGUACACAACAGCCUCAGGACGCAGGUUAGUUCCGUGACAAUAAUGGUACACAACAGCCUCAGGACGCAGGUUAGUUCCGUGACAAUAAUGGUACACAACAGCCUCAGGACGCAGGUUAGUUCCGUGACAAUAAUGGUACACAACAGCCUCAGGACGCAGGUUAGUUCCGUGACAAUAAUGGUACACAACAGCCUCAGGACGCAGGUUAGUUCCGUGACAAUAAUGGUACACAACAGCCUCAGGACGCAGGUUAGUUCCGUGACAAUAAGGGUACACAACAGCCUCAGGACGCAGGUUAGUUCCGUGACAAUAAUGGUACACAACAGCCUCAGGACGCAGGUUAGUUCCGUGACAAUAAUGGUACACAACAGCCUCAGGACGCAGGUUAGUUCCGUGACAAUAAUGGUACACAACAGCCUCAGGACGCAGGUUAGUUCCGUGACAAUAAUGGUACACAACAGCCUCAGGACGCAGGUUAGUUCCGUGACAAUAAUGGUACACAACAGCCUCAGGACGCAGGUUAGUUCCGUGACAAUAAGGGUACACAACAGCCUCAGGACGCAGGUUAGUUCCGUGACAAUAAUGGUACACAACAGCCUCAGGACGCAGGUUAGUUCCGUGACAAUAAUGGUACACAACAGCCUCAGGACGCAGGUUAGUUCCGUGACAAUAAUGGUACACAACAGCCUCAGGACGCAGGUUAGUUCCGUGACAAUAAUGGUACACAACAGCCUCAGGACGCAGGUUAGUUCCGUGACAAUAAGGGUACACAACAGCCUCAGGACGCAGGUUAGUUCCGUGACAAUAAUGGUACACAACAGCCUCAGGACGCAGGUUAGUUCCGUGACAAUAAGGGUACACAACAGCCUCAGGACGCAGGUUAGUUCCGUGACAAUAAGGGUACACAACAGCCUCAGGACGCAGGUUAGUUCCGUGACAAUAAGGGUACACAACAGCCUCAGGACGCAGGUUAGUUCCGUGACAAUAAGGGUACACAACAGCCUCAGGACGCAGGUUAGUUCCGUGACAAUAAGGGUACACAACAGCCUCAGGACGCAGGUUAGUUCCGUGACAAUAAUGGUACACAACAGCCUCAGGACGCAGGUUAGUUCCGUGACAAUAAUGGUACACAACAGCCUCAGGACGCAGGUUAGUUCCGUGACAAUAAUGGUACACAACAGCCUCAGGACGCAGGUUAGUUCCGUGACAAUAAUGGUACACAACAGCCUCAGGACGCAGGUUAGUUCCGUGACAAUAAUGGUACACAACAGCCUCAGGACGCAGGUUAGUUCCGUGACAAUAAGGGUACACAACAGCCUCAGGACGCAGGUUAGUUCCGUGACAAUAAUGGUACACAACAGCCUCAGGACGCAGGUUAGUUCCGUGACAAUAAGGGUACACAACAGCCUCAGGACGCAGGUUAGUUCCGUGACAAUAAUGGUACACAACAGCCUCAGGACGCAGGUUAGUUCCGUGACAAUAAGGGUACACAACAGCCUCAGGACGCAGGUUAGUUCCGUGACAAUAAUGGUACACAACAGCCUCAGGACGCAGGUUAGUUCCGUGACAAUAAGGGUACACAACAGCCUCAGGACGCAGGUUAGUUCCGUGACAAUAAUGGUACACAACAGCCUCAGGACGCAGGUUAGUUCCGUGACAAUAAGGGUACACAACAGCCUCAGGACGCAGGUUAGUUCCGUGACAAUAAGGGUACACAACAGCCUCAGGACGCAGGUUAGUUCCGUGACUAUUGGUACACAACAGCCUCAGGUAAGUUCUGUGAAAAGUCUUCACACAAGGCAGAUGAUGCUCUGGUGUGAUCAUGACUUGCAAUACGUCAUGAUGUAACCAGACUGUAGACUGUACAUAUGUACUGAUAUGAGCAGUCUGGUAGUGGGGCGACUCUGAGUGUGCGUGUCCUGAGAUCAAGUGUGUGAUGAACGCCAUUGGAACAC